AUGUCUUACUGGAUUCUUCGGUCUGUUUCUUGUCUAAUCUUGUUCGAAAUAUUGUUUUUAUAUUGUUUUUGAUGAGCUGCGAAAGAAAUCGAAAAAAUUUCUGCUAAAAUAUAGAGAUUUGUCUUGCGUAGUAUAAAUUUUAGUCUGCCAAGUCUAUAUUGUUUCUGUUUGAACCUAUCUAUCUCUUUUCUAGAUUGAAUUUGACGUGGGCUGGCAUUUUUUUAUAUUAUACUUGACCUGAUGUCAAGUGUAAUAUAUUUUCAUAGAUUUUAGCAUUUCUUCUGCAAAUUAUUUUUUGUUACCCAAACUUUAUGGUUUUAGGAACAGAAUGGCGAGCGGGUAUCAGGAUCCGUACGCUAAUCUGACCGCAGCCGAACGCUCCAUGUGGCUGUAUGAUCCGUAUGCUCAAGGUACGACAGCAGCACCCGCCGCCACUCGUGCGCCCUAUCCUCGACCUCUCAUGGAAACUCCCGCCCAGCCCUAUGUUCAGCGACCAACGAACAGCGGCUACGGCGCUCCAGCUUAUGGCACUCAGGGUUAUGGGAACAUGGCCUAUGUGGAUCCGUAUCAACAAGACAAUUCCGUGGGCUACAACGAGAAAUUCGCGCAAGCAACCGCCGCCUACACCACUGAGGAGUACAACGAGCGGUUUGGACCCGGCUACGGAGCGCCGGUGAAGCCGGUGAUGAAUUUUUUUGGAGGCUCAGGAAGUUUGAUGGCCAAAAAAGGAGCAAAGCAUGCUGGAGCGACGAAAGAAGCGGCGAACAGUCAUGCGCGAACAAAUGAUAAAGUCAAGAAGAAGAAGAAAGCAGGGAAGGGGGCAAAUGUGAGUUUUCCAGCAAUGGAUUUUAUUAUUUGUUCCGUUUUUAGGUAUAAGCCAAGGAAAAUGCCGAUAUCAAGAUGAAUUUAGUCGUCUUUGCGGUUAGAUCUAGCUAAAAUCAUAGUGAAUGAUGUGGUUAUAGACUAGAAAACAAUAUUUAUGAGUUUCGACCGAUAUGUGUUCAAGAAAUUUUGAUUUUGCUGUGUGAUUCAUGGCAAAUUAUAGUUGGAUAAACAUUUUGAGAAAAUGCAAGUAUUGGGAUUCCAAAAACCCGUUGAAUGGGAAGGUUAUGAUAUGUUUGAUCUUAUUUAUGGGUUUAGCUGAGCUUUUUUGGCAUGCAUUUUCUUUACUGACAUUAUCUAUGAGCUUUAAUUGGACAUAUGAUUUCUCAAUUUUUUUGCCCGAAUUCUGCUGGAAACUAAUGGCCAUAGGUUCAUAGAUACAUUUAUGGAGACAUCCAGGGCUUAGGACUGUUUCCUUGAGAAGUUUUGACUUGGCUUAUAGAAUUUGCAAAAUUUUUUUAAGAAUGGUAUAAUGUCAGAUGAAAAGGAGCAAUAUAUUGUUGGUUAUCUAUUUAUUUAUGAGUUUUAAGCACCUAUGAAGCUUCUCAAAUGUAUUGAAGUUCAAAAAUAUUCAGAUUUCAACAAAAUAUAUAUUACUUUAGGCACUUUUGACCCAGAAUUUUUCCCGAUUUUCAACAUCUUUUUCUGAUGUUUUUACAUUCCAGGCGCAGUUGCCAGCCCAACGAAAGGCUCCUCCACCAUUAUCGCCUCCAAAGCCGGCGAAAGCCGCCCUCCAAACGGCGGCGUUGACCGCCGGCACCGAAGGCUAUGUGAAGGCGAACAAAAUCGGAUUCUACAAACUCGUCACGCCCGCUCCAGUCGUCGAAAAGGAAAACAAACAGGUCCAGAAGAAGGCGGAGAAAAAGCCCGCGUCGCCAAUCAAACAACAGGAGCCUCUGCUGGCCCUAACUGGAGAGAUCCCCGACUUUCUGAAGCGCUCCAACGUCUUGACGGAGACUCGGAAGCGAAAAAUCAGAUACAGGGUUGGGUUGUGGUGCCGGAUUGUGGGAUGGACGGUGGAGUCAAUCUUCAAAAGUGAGUUUGGAGAUUUUUGGACGGGUUUUGCGGUGAUUUGGAGAGCUGUCAAGAUUUCGUGGUGGGACCCGGGGAAGAAGAGAAUGGAUAUUCAAAAAUGGGGCGCUUGAAGUUUUGUGGGUUUUUGGAGGCAAUGAAGGAAAUGCAAUGGCAGAAAUUUGAGUUUUGAACAGGUUUGGCGACUUUUCAGGUUUUCGUGGUGGGACCCGGAGAGGAGAGAAAGAGUGUUCAAAAAUGGGGCGUUUUUAAGUCUUGUACUUUUUUUUGAGACUCUGACACUAUAGAGGAAAAUGUAAAAAUCAGAAAUUUGAAUUUUGGAGAGGUUUGGGAACUUUUCAGGUUUUCGUGGUGGGACCCGGGGAAGGGGAGAAUGCAUUUUCAAAAAUGGGACGUUUAGAUGUCGUGUGGAUUUUUUGAGACAAUAGAGGAAAGGUAGUAGCAGAAAUUGGUGUUUUGAACAGCUUCAGGAACUUUUCAGGAUUUCUUGUUGGGACCCGGAAAGCGGAAAUGAAAAAAAUUGAAUAGUUAGUUAUGUUUUGUGGUACUAUUUUGAGCUCCAUAAGCUCAUUUUAUCGCCGAAUCAUCAGGUUUCAAGCGAUUUUGAAAAAUUUUAAGUUUUCGUGGUGGGACCCAAGUUUUUUGAAAAGUGGAAUUUUUGGUUCAAAUUAUAUUUUAGCGACCCUAAUGGUCUUUAUUUUUUAUCAUAAUACUUUUGUUUGCAUCUUUUCAAGGUUGAUUUUUCGUAUUUCAGCCGACGGUUGGUACGCCACAUGCGGUCAGCCCUCGAAAUACACGGUGAAAGUCACGAAUUUCUACCCGGAAAUUUUCAACAUCUCGGCGAUUGGAACCGUCUUCGAAGAGCUGUCGUAUAAGCUGGUCACAAAUUGGAUUGAAAUGUGGUAUUACAAGGGCAUCCUCAGCGACAAAAUGAUAUUCAACAUCUACGAGAAGGACGCCCGAUACAGCAGCGAGAUUUUCCAGGCGUCAAAACGGUGCUUCCUAACGUUAAUUGACGAGAUCUUGAAAGGUAUGGAGGGAUUUGUGAGUUUGGGAGAUGUCAGGUUUUCGUGGUGGGACCUGAAAGAGUUUCGAAAAUGUUUGAAAUGAAUGUUUUUUGUGGCGAUUUAGGUUCUUUGGGGGUUAUAAAGACUAUUAGAAAUUUCUAGGCGCAAAUUUGCGAUUUUGAGAGGUUAGAAGUUUUCGUGGUGGGACCUGAAGAGAAUUUUAGAAACGUUAAAAUUAGAGUUGUUUGUGGCGAUUGAGGUUGCUUGGGACUCACAAAGAGUUUAUUAGACCUUUAUAGCUGCAAAUUUGCGAUUUUGGAACUUCAGAGGUUUUCGUGGUGGGACCUAAAAUUUAGGUAGGUGUCUAAAAUAAGGUUGGUAAGGAAAAAAGAAAGAGUUUUGUGAUGGUCAACGAAAUUAUUUAGGGUUGUUCAGCCAUAAAAUAGUCGAUUUUACAUGGAUUUUUUUAGUGGUGGAACCAGAAAUUGCAAAAAGCAAAAAAAAAUUGAUUUUUUUCAUAAAUUGAUUGCUAAAUUUUCAGAGGGCCUCCCAGAAGAGCUCAAAACCGGUGAGCGCCCCUUCACGGACGAGGAGAAAGCAAGAAUGGACGCGGCGUUCGCGCGGGCGGCCGAAAGAAUCUCUAACAAUGACCUCGCUUCGGACGAAUCGGUCCAGGAAACCGAAAAUGGCUCUUAA